AUGGCCGUGUUACUGUGCGUACUGGUGUCUGUGACUGCUGCUAACUAUGUUCUAGUGGGUUGGUUGCAGCCUAAACUAAGAAUAUGUGUGGUUUUGCUACUUGACAAUAGUUUCUGUGUUUCUUUUCUUUUCUUUUUCCUUUCUUUUCCAGGUGUUUCACUGAAUAUUUCUGGGUCUUCGUCUCAUGCAGUGUUGAACGAGCCAUUUACUUUCACCUGUACAGUCACACAGGCGGCUGGUCUCAGUGAUUCUGUAUAUAUUUAUAAGAAAACAAAGGCUACUGUGUUUGCACCUUUCUACCAGUCUGGUUCUUCGUGUAUUGUGAUAUCUGGUCCACCACCAGGUUACACUGUGGCCUGUGGGAGUGGAACAGACAGCAGCUCGUCCUCCACCAAGAACUAUAUAUUAAAGAUCAACAGAGCUUCAGAACAUGAUACCACAGACUGGUGGUGUUUACUGAAUACAGCUAGAACACGCAGUCAGAACUUCAGUCUGGAAGUUUAUAGCGCAUCACUGGUUCUCUCUGGUUCUUCACCUCACGCAGUGCUGAAUGAGUCUUUCACUCUGACCUGUACUGUGACACAAGCUGCCAACCUUGAUGAUAAAGUAGUGUUCUAUAGGAAAACCACGUUUAGUGUGUUUGCAUCUCUGAAACAGAUAAAUACUUCAUGUGCUGUGUUCAGUGGAGCACCGACAGGUUACACUGCAUCCUGUGGAAGUGGAACAAACAACAGCUCGUCCUCUACCAAGAAGUACACUCUGUUGAUAAACAGAGUUUCUUCAGUCAGUGAUUCUACAGACUGGUGGUGUGAACUAUAUUAUAGUUAUAAACGGAGUCGGAACUUUAGUCUGCAAGUUUACAGUGAGUACAUGUUCAAGGUAUUAUUUAUACAUCGGGUGAUUAAAGAAACAAACGUCACAUUUGUUUUCGAAAAUUCCUUAUUCAAUUUACUGUCCAAUUCUAUACAACCUGAGUCAUAACCUCCAGCAUAGUUGUCUUUCCUUAUUAGUGAACUUUAAUAUGCUGGAAUACACAGCAACAAUGUUAUCCUUCCAGCGUACAGUGAGUGUUUGUAUUCAUCAUGCAAUGAAGUGACUAAUGAAAACACUAUCUUAGGUAUAUAAAUAAAAUAUGUUUUAAAAACGAAAUCUAUCCGUGACACAUAUUCAUAAGCCGUUUGCUUUGUUUUGGUGAGAGUAUUUUUGUUUUGUUUUACUUGUGUUUUAAAUUAGUUUACUAUAAACCUGGUUUUACUGUCGCAAAAUGUG